CUUUUUCCUAUGCUAUUAUUAGCUGGUCGCGCAACGAACACAAAUGCGCAGAUCCUGCUUGUCGCGGUCGAGCAUGUAGCCACCGCAAACUUUGUCACCUUCUGCUUUGAGCAGCAAAGCCGGAUCUCUCGUUUCGUGGUUGAUGAGUGCCACUUGGGCCUCACCUGGUUGUCCUUCCGUGUGGCCAUGCUAAAGCUUCGAGUCCUUCGGUCCAUCCCCGUCCCGCUCCUACUACUUACUGCAACGUUGCCGCCUUCUAUGGAAGACGAGGCCCGUAUUUUCUACGGGUCUAACUUUGCAACGAUUCGUACACCAUCCACCUCCCGCCCCAACCUCGCAUAUUCCUUGCACCCGCAGGAAAACACCAUAUCAAACCACGCAAUCAUGACGACGUUAGCCAACGAAUUGCUCCAUCAUCACAGCAAUGUCCGCGGUAUUGUUUUCUGCACGUCCACUACCAAGGUCAAUGACCUACACGAAGCUCAACGCCUGCAAGUACCACAGCAACCUUGACGACGAAGAAAAGCAAGAACAGCAGGACAGGUGGAUGCACCAAACCAGCGGUAUCAUAGUGGCUACCUCUGGUUUCGGGUUGGGCAUCGAUGCCCCUGACGUGCGCGUGGUGCUUCACUGGGGAUUGCCCUACAGUUUGUUGGACUAUGCCCAGCAAACUGGUCGUGCUGGUCGCGACGGGCUACCUUCAACGUGCCAGUUGUACUUCGUGCUGGAUCGCGAAGAGAACAGGAUCACCAGGAUGAAGGACGAGCAAGAAGACCAACUGAAGAUCAAGGAUGCAGAGGAGCUGGUUACAUUUGUCAAGUACCUUGAUGGUACCGCAUCUGUCAACUGCCUCGCCGACAACACUUAUGAAGACUGUGGCUACUGUUCGGUUUUGCUGGCUGGUCCAGUCCGUCCCCCCCGCCAAGACCGUCGUGGAAACCAGAGAGGACAGUACAGUCGAACCUCCAGCACCACGCACAGGGGCCAGCAACAAAGCAACACCAUCCACAACACCCACCGUGACUACAACGACAGAGUACUUGAAAAGGCCGAGGACAUCUACAGAAGCCAAUUGCAUACUUACUUUACUUUUUUUUUCUUUUUCUGGUGUCAUAGACCCGGCAUGUGCUUCACAUGUGGUAUUCCAUUCCACAACAGCCUUUAUCAAUGCAGAAGUAGAGGUUGUAACCCGGCAAUCGCAAACACGGUGCUUCCUGCUUGUUGGGCAGUCUUCAACACACGCAACCAAGACGCCGACCAUGCCCGCUUCCUCGCCGAGAACUGUCCGAACAUAGACAGCCGUGCCACCUUCCCAACAACGGACCAGGAGUUUGCAAGCUGGUUAUCCAACAAGGAUCUCGACAAUAUUGGCAACGCCAUGAAACUGUUUUUACAGAUUUUCGAAGAGCUUAUUGUGGAGGAAGAGCGACACGCGGACCAACACUAAGCCUUUCUUUCCGUACACACACACACACAUUUCUCUGUCUCUCUAUUUUAUUUUAUUACAACACACACACAUAUCUUAUAUAUAC